AUGGAGAAGAUCCUUGUCUUUCUGUUCAUGGCCCUAGUGGCAGUGGCCUACGCGGUUCCCGACCCCCGGGGACUCGUUGUCAACCUGGAGGAGGGCGAGCUCUGCCUGAACAGCGUCCAGUGCAAAAGCAAGUGCUGCCACCGUGACACCGGGCUGAGCCUGGCCCGCUGCAUGCCCAAGGCCAGCGAGAACAGCGAGUGCUCUCCCAAGACUCUCUAUGGGGUUUAUUACAAGUGUCCCUGUGAGCGAGGCCUGACCUGUGAGGCAGACAAGUCCAUUGUGGGCGCCAUCACCAACACCAACUUUGGGAUCUGCCACGACGUUGGACGUUCUAAGGAAUGA